CCCGGCCCAAACCUUGAGGAACACGCUUUCUUUCUGGUCUCAACGGUGAUACCUAUAUAUGAAUGUGGAUUCUAAAUUCAAUGGUGUUUUGAUAUUUUGAGAUAGCUCCAAUAAUCCUUACAACAUCAGAGUAAAGGAAGGAAGAAAGGAAGAAUUGAAAAUGGUGAAGGUACGAAUGAACACGGCUGAUGUGGCUGCAGAGGUCAAAUGCUUGCGUCGCUUAAUAGGGAUGCGCUGUUCCAACGUUUAUGAUCUUUCCCCUAAGACGUAUGUGUUUAAGCUAAUGAACAGUAGUGGAGUUACUGAAUCAGGAGAGAGUGAGAAGGUUUUAUUGCUUAUGGAAAGUGGUGUUCGCUUGCAUACCACUGAUUAUCUCAGGGACAAAAGUAACACUCCAUCUGGAUUUACACUUAAAUUGAGGAAGCAUAUAAGGACGAGAAGGCUCGAGGAUGUGCGGCAACUUGGUUAUGACAGGAUAAUUCUCUUUCAGUUUGGAUUAGGUGCCAAUGCUCACUAUGUGAUAUUAGAACUAUAUGCCCAAGGAAAUAUACUCCUUACGGAUUCUGACUUCAUGGUCAUGACUCUCCUACGGUCACACAGGGAUGAUGAUAAAGGUCUUGCUAUUAUGUCUCGCCAUCGAUAUCCAGUUGAAGUAUGCCGAGUCUUUAAACGGACAACUACUGAAAAGUUGCAGGCAGCCUUGAAGUCUUCAGCCCAGACUGAUAAAAUUGAACAUGUGGAAGAUACUGAACGGGGAAAUGAUGGACCUGAUGCACCUCAACAAAAGCGGGGUAACCAAAAAAGUGUAAAAGCUACUGAUUCUACUAAAAAGGGUAAUGAUGGUGCGCGUGCAAAGUCACCAACAUUGAAGGUGGUUCUUGGGGAGGCACUAGGUUAUGGUCCAGCGCUUUCUGAACACAUUAUUCUGGAUGCUGGUUUGGUACCAAAUACAAAGAUUGACACAGGUUUUAAAUUAGAAGGCAAUACUCUUCAUUCUCUGAUAGAGGCGGUUAAGCAGUUUGAAGACUGGCUGGAGGAUAUUAUACUGGGUGAGAAAGUUCCAGAAGGCUACAUCUUAAUGCAGCAAAAGGCUUUGUCUAAAAAGGAUUCCAGCAUGUGUGAUAAUGAAUCUUCUGAGAAGAUAUAUGAUGAGAUCUGCCCGCUGUUACUGAAUCAGCUUAAGUGUCGGGAUUUUAUGAAGUUUGAGACAUUUGAUGCAGCAUUGGAUGAAUUCUAUAGUAAGAUUGAGAGUCAACGUUCUGAACAACAGCAAAAGUCCAAAGAAAGCACGGCAAUGCAGAAACUUAAUAAGAUCCGCAAUGAUCAGGAAAACCGUGUUGUAACAUUAAAGCAAGAAGUUGAACGUUGUAUUAAGAUGGCAGAGUUGAUAGAAUACAAUUUGGAAGAUGUUGAUGCUGCCAUCUUAGCAGUACGUGUAGCUCUUGCUAAUGGAAUGAGUUGGGAAGAUUUGGCUCGAAUGGUGAAAGAGGAGAAAAGAUCUGGAAAUCCAGUAGCUGGACUUAUUGACAAGCUCCAUCUUGAAAGAAAUUGCAUGACUUUGCUCUUAAGCAACAAUCUUGAUGAAAUGGAUGAUGAUGAAAGGACACAACCAGCGGACAAGGUUGAAGUUGAUCUGGAACUUUCAGCACAUGCAAAUGCUCGACGGUGGUAUGAAAUGAAGAAAAAACAAGAAAACAAGCAAGUGAAGACUGUAACUGCUCAUGAAAAAGCAUUCAAGGCUGCUGAGAGAAAGACACGUCUUCAGCUGUCUCAGGAAAAGACAGUUGCUGCGAUUUCGCAUAUGCGCAAAGUUCACUGGUUUGAGAAAUUUAAUUGGUUCAUCAGUAGUGAGAAUUAUCUAGUCAUAAGUGGACGUGAUGCACAACAGAAUGAGAUGAUAGUCAAGCGAUACAUGUCCAAGGGAGAUCUGUACAUCCAUGCAGAUCUCCAUGGAGCUUCCAGCACUGUGAUCAAGAAUCACAAACCUGAGAUGCCAAUACCUCCUCUCACAUUGAACCAAGCGGGGUGCUUCACUGUUUGCCAAAGCCAGGCAUGGGACUCAAAGAUAGUGACUAGUGCUUGGUGGGUUUAUCCUCAUCAGGUCAGUAAAACUGCUCCUACAGGUGAAUAUCUAACAGUUGGAAGUUUCAUGAUCCGUGGUAGAAAGAAUUUUCUUCCACCAGUCCCUCUUGUUAUGGGCUUUGGAAUAUUAUUUCGCCUGGAUGAAAGUUCUUUGGGGUUUCACUUGAAUGAAAGGAGGGUCAGAGGUGAAGAGGAAGGAUUAAAUGAUGCUGAACAAAGUGAGCCAUCUACAGCAAUUCCUGAUCCAGACUCAGAGGAGGAGUUGUCAAUGGAAACACCCACUGUAGAUAUGCAAGACACAACAGAUGUGCCAAAGGAGAGGUCAAGUGUUUCGGGUGUUUCUUCUGAAGCUCAAUCCAAUAAUGUCUUGAGCAUCUCUGAUGGUAAUGCUAGCAAUUCAGUCAACUCUUCUGUUGAAGUUAACAGCAUUAAUAAUGAUGGUACAUCUGAUUCUUUGGGGAUUAUGGCUGCUUCUGGGACAUCACAGCUGGAGGAUCUUAUUGAUAGAGCUCUCGAAAUUGGAUCUUCUACUGCAUCUACUAAAACCCAUGGGGUCCCUUCUCCACUAGGAUUUGCAGGGCAGCAUGAUGAUGAAGAAAAAAAAGUAACACAGAGAGAAAAGCCUUAUGUUACAAAAGCUGAAAGAAGAAAGCUUAAGAAAGGCAGUGAGAGCACUGAGGGUGCACCCACUGUGCGAGGAAAGCAGUCAGAGGAAAAUCAGAAGACGCAGAAGCAGUGUGAGGGAGAUGUAAACAAAGUAAAGUCUGGUGGUGGGAAAGUCAGUCGUGGGCAAAAGGGUAAACUUAAGAAGAUAAAAGAGAAAUAUGCAGAUCAGGAUGAGGAGGAGCGUCGUAUUCGAAUGGCUCUGCUAGCUUCAGCGGGGCAAGUAGAAAAGGUUGAUCAAACAACCCAGAGCGAAAAGGCUGAUGCAGAACCAGAUAAGGGAGCAAAAGCAACUACUGGGCCUGAAGAUGAUGCUGUAAAAAUAUGUUAUAAGUGUAAAAAGCCAGGUCAUCUCUCUCGGGAUUGUCGAGAAAAUGCAGAUGAGAGUCUGCAAAGUACAUCGAAUGGAGGGGAUGGCCAUUCUUUAACCAAUGCGGGCAAUGCUGCUAAUGACAGGGACAGGAUAGUCAUGGAGGAGGAGGAUAUCCAUGAGAUUGGUGAAGAAGAGAGAGAGAAAUUAAAUGAUGUGGACUACUUGACUGGAAAUCCAUUGCCAAAUGAUAUUCUGUUAUAUGCUGUGCCGGUCUGUGGUCCUUAUAAUGCGGUACAGUCCUACAAAUAUCGUGUGAAAUUGGUGCCAGGCACUGUUAAGAGAGGAAAAGCGGCCAAGACAGCCAUGAAUUUGUUUAGUCACAUGCCUGAGGCCACGAGCAGAGAGAAGGAAUUGAUGAAGGCAUGCACAGAUCCUGAGCUUGUUGCUGCAAUUAUUGGUAAUGUUAAAAUCACAUCUGCAGGCCUUACUCAGCUGAAACAAAAACAAAAGAAAAGCAAGAAGUCGAACAAAGCAUAAAGCUAGUCAAGGAAAAGCUCUCUAUACAAUGGCUAUAGUAUAACAGUGUUAGUAUUUGUCCUUAUUCGAUGUAAAUAAGGAUGUUUUUUUGGUUUUGAUCCAACUAUAUGCUUAAAUCUUCAAAUUAGGGUAAAUGGUUUCUAACCCCCUGCCCCCGGAAUAUCCCACACGACAAAUGUAGUAGUAUAGUAGUACUACUAUAUAACUAUACUAAAUAACUACAAAAGAGGUGGCAGCCAUUGUUUUCUGUGUGAUAUUAAUUACCAAACUGAUUCCUAGAA